UCACCUCCCACUUUUCUCACAUCCAACAACAAACAACACAAGCUUAGAAAACAAAACUCAUCUACUAUUGUUAUCAAUCACCCAAAAAGAAGCAACUAACACAAAUGGCUUUCGCUUUGAGGUUCUUCACAUGCUUUGUUUUGACUGUGUGCAUAGUUGCAUCAGUAGAUGCAGCAAUCUCAUGCGGUACAGUGGCAAGUAGCUUGGCUCCAUGUGGAGGCUAUCUAUCGAAAGGUGGGGCUGUGCCGGCACCGUGUUGUGCAGGAGUCAAGAAGUUGAACGGUAUGGCUAAAAGCACACCUGACCGCCAACAAGCCUGCAAAUGCUUACAGUCCGCUGCAAAGGGCAUUAACCCAAGUCUAGCUUCAAGCCUUCCUGGAAAGUGUGGUGUUAGCAUUCCCUACCCCAUCUCCACGAGCACUAACUGCGCCACCAUCAAGUGAAAUGGAAGCUUACCUCAUCAUUUGCCUGAUGAAGAAUAUGGUUUCGUACGUAUAUCAUAAGUAAAAUAAAACACGGCUAUCUAAGCUGAUAUUAUCAUGUCUUUGUUUGUCUUGAUGCUUUGUAAUCUUUUCCUUUCAUAUGUUGUAUUGACGUGUUUGAGAUAUGAUAAUAGUACCCUAUUUUAGUCAUCUU